AUCGCGUGGCACAGGGAAGCGGAGAGCGAAGGCCUGUCGGCAAAUUUGCGGGGCGAUGCGGGCGCCGCAACCCUGUGCGCGAGGGGAAGCGAGUCCAAGCCGUUGGUCCCGCGGAGACUCGGAAGUGGAGGUGGCGAGAGGGUGCGGCGGCGAGGCGGGGACGUCGGGGGGCCAGCGCAAGCGACGCGCCUCCGGUGAGGCGGAAGACGACGCGGAUCCGGCGGGUUCCCCACCUUCGGUUAGCUCGGCCGCCGGCGCCCAAGGAACACGGAGGUCGACCCGAAGCCUGUGGGAAUCUAUGGAGUACGCCGGUUUCCUUCGUGGCGACAGUGAGGAAAUGAAUUGGGCCGAUGUUACGCCGCUAACCCAGGACAGCAUAUUUGGCAGCCAGAUCCCUUCGGGAGAUGUGCAGUGCGUGGAGGCUCCGGGAGAUGUCGCACCUGGGGGUGGCCGUGGUUCUAGUUACAGGGUGGAGGAGGACCUACUACUGGUGGGAGCAUGGUUGCAAGUGAGCAUGGAUCCUGUGGUCGGGACCAACCAAAGUUUGGGUGCUUUCUGGCAGCGGGUGGAGUCUUCCUACCAUGAAAACAAAACAUUCACCUCCACGCGCAAUAGGAAGUCGCUGCAGGGGAGAUGGACAUUCAUCAACGGUAUGGUGCAGAAGUUCUGCGGCCACUAUGCUAGGGCGCAGCGCAAUAGGAGGAGUGGCACAACCGAGGCCGAGAUGGUUGUGGAGGCAUGCAAGAUGUUUCAAGCCGCUGAGCAUAAGGAGUUCACCAUGCUGCCAUGUUGGAGGGAGUUGAGGGAUCAUCCCAAGUGGCAUGUAGAAACCUCCCGGAAAAGGCAGAAGACAUCCGCCGCGGCAAGCCCCUCCUCCACUCCCAAUGUAGCCUCGUCUGGCGGCUUGAACGGAGCAGAGGAUGUUGAUGCAACCACAUCCAACGCUGGUGACCGUGCCAAACGUCCUCCUGGUCGCACUCGGUCCAAGGAAGCCCGAGGUACGUCGUCGUCCAGUUCGGCUUCUGCACCCAUGACAGACCUGUUCGACCGCCAGUUGGCAAUGAAAGACAAAAUUGAAAAGGAAAGAGCAGAGAGGUUUGCUGAGUUGAUGGAUGUAGAGCGGCGAAGGCUACGGCUCGAGGAAGAAAGAAUGAAAAUGGAACUGGAGAAGGAGCAGCAGAGGUUAAGGCUCGAGGCGGAGCGUAUGCAAAUGGAAAAGCAGAAGGAGGAGAGGAACAUAAUGAGCAUGGACCUGUCUCAAAUGGACGAGGACCAGCUGGCCUACUACAAGAGCCUCAGGCAGAGCAUCAUUGCCGCUCGGCGCGUCACCGGAGGCCCAUCUUCGUAAUUGUGAACCUAAUUGCGGGUUUGUAUGACAUGGCGACAUCGUGGUCGAGUUUAUCCUUGUGAAAGUAUAACAGUUUUCGUUUACUGCCAUAACAGUUUUCGUUGAGUGUGGUUGAUUUGCUGUGAGCUUGUCCAGUGUAUGUUAGG